UGUGUAGGGAUGGUGGUGUGUGUACGUGUGUGCUCUGGUGCGUGCGUGUGUGCAUGUGUGUGCGUUUACACACCUCGAGCUCUCUGAUUGUCCGUGUCACUGUGCCAGUCGGAUCUGCUUCUGCUUUCCCUCACGGCCACGGCGGCUGAAGCAGAGGACCAGGCUGCGGCGAUGAGAGGUCAGGGACGGAGUCUGAAGGGGAGCUGCCCCUGAUUCCAGACUUGAGCGCGGGCGCGCAUUUGAGGCCGGAGGCGCCUCCCGGGGUCGCCUAGGAGCGCAGCUACUUGUUGAGUCCGUAACUUUCUCAGCGCUCCAGCCGCCGCCGGAGGAUCCUGAAGAAGAAUGGCCAGCUCUGGUUCUCAAGACGUGGUCUGUGGGUCAGUGACGUUUAGGGAUGUGGCUGUUGACUUCUCUCAGGAGGAGUGGGCCUGCCUGGAUGCUGCUCAAAGGGUCUUAUACAGGGACAUUAUGUUGGAGACCUACAGAAACCUCCUCACAGUGGUGGGAAGUUCCAUUUCCAAACCCGAUCUGAUCACCUUAUUGGAGCAGGAGAGAGAGCCCUGGAUGGCUGUGACGGAAGAAGCAGACAGGCCCAGCCCAGAUUUGGACUCAGAUUCUGAAGUUCAAAAAAUAUCUCCAGACAGUCAUAGUAUAAAUCUACCCAAAGAGAGCAUAAAGCAUAUAAGUAAAACUUUUGACCUCCAGGGCUCCAGUUUUAGUAAUGGCCCCGACUGUAGUACAUUCAGGGAACUACAGAGUUGUCAAAAGGGAAAUGCUGACCAAUCGGUUAGAAACAAGGAAAAACUACCUCCUUAUACCAGCCAGACUCUUCCUCACAACGUAGACAGAGCAUUUGAAUGUCAAGAGUGUGGGGAGUGCUUUGGUUGUAGCUCCAGUCUUGUUCAGCAUCAGGCUAGUCACGCUGGAGAGAAGCCCUGUGACUUCCAUGAGGAAGGUGCGAAGGCCUUGAAACCCCAACAGCUCACGAGACCUCAGAAGUCCCACAGUGCUGAGAGACAUUUCAGAUGCGAGGAAUGUGGCGAGUCUUUCAAGCAUCUCUCCAUGCUUCUUCAACAUACGCGCAUUCAUUCUGCCGUGAAAUCCUUUGAAUGUAAAGAGUGUGGGAAAACCUUUAAUCAGCACUCAAACCUCACACAACAUCAGAAAAGUCACUCUGGCGAGAAACCGGGUCAGUGUAAGGAAUGUGAGAAGGCCCUCGCUGUUCUAGCACAGAUCACCACUCAGACCCAGGAUAGUCAUACUGGAGAGAAGUCAUCUCAGUGUAAGCAGUGCGGCAAGACAGUCAGUACUGGCUCAUACCAUGUGAAACACCAGAGUGUUCACACUGGUGAGAAACCCUUUGAGUGUAAAGUAUGUGAGAAGGCUUCUAGGCUUCAGUCGUACCUUUCUGAGCAUCAGAAAACUCACACUGAUGAGAAGCCUUUCAAGUGUAAGCUGUGUGGGUCAGCCUUCAGACGUAAGUACCACCUUACUGAGCAUCAGGGUAUCCAUAGUGAUGUGAAACCCUAUCAGUGCAAGGAAUGUGGGAAGUUCUUCCGCCGACGGUCAAAUUUUACUGUGCAUCAGAGUAUUCACACUAACAUGAAACCCUUCAAGUGUAAACUGUGUGGCUCAGCCUUCAGACUUCAGUCCCUGCUUACUCAACAUCAGAGAAUCCAUACUGAUGAGAAACCCUAUCAGUGCAAGGAAUGUGGGAAACACUUCCGUCGACGUUCAAAUUUUACUGAACAUCAGAGUAUUCACACCGGAAAGAAACCCUUUGAUUGUAAGGAAUGUGGGAAGGUCUUUAGACUUAAUACACAUCUCAUUCGCCACCAGAGAUUUCAUAGUGGUGAGAGAUCUUUUGAAUGUAAGGAGUGUGGAGAGGCCUUUCGGCUUCUCGCCCAUCUUAAGAGCCAUCAAAUAAUUCAUUCAAGUGAAAAACUGUAUGAAUGCAAGGAAUGUGGGAAGUCCUUCAAGCGUGUCUCCACCCUUGUUCAACAUAGGAUCACUCAUGUUGGUGUGAAGCCAUAUGAAUGCAAAGAGUGUGGGAAAGCCUUUAAUCGUCGCUCAAACCUCACGCAGCAUCAGAAGACUCACUCUGGUGAGAGACCCUUUCAGUGUAAGGAGUGUGGGAAGUCCUUCUCUGUUCUGACACAGCUCACUCGGCACAAGAGCAUUCAUACUGGAAAGAAAUCAUUUAAAUGUGAGCAGUGUGGGUCAGCCUUCAGACUUCAUUACCAACUUACUCAGCAUCAGAAAAUUCAUACCGAUGUGAAACCAUAUCAGUGCAAGGUAUGCGGAAAGGGCUUCGUUCGCGGUACAGGCCUUAGAAUUCAUGAGAAAACCCACAGUGAUGAGAAGCCCUUUCAGUGUAAGGAAUGUGGGAAGGCCUUCCGAAUUCAGUCUGAACUUACUCAGCAUCAGAGAACUCAUACCGACAUGAAACCCUAUCAGUGCAAGGUGUGUGGAAAAGGUUUUGUUCGCGGUAGAGGACUUCGAAUUCAUCAGAGAAUUCACACUGGUGAGAAGCCCUUUAAAUGUUCGGAAUGUGGGGAAGCCUUUCGAUAUGACUACCAAUUUCUUGGACAUUUUAGAAUGCAUUCUGGCAAGAAUCCUUACGAAUGUAAAGAAUGUGGGAAGUUCUUUACUCGUAGUGAAUACCUUAAAGCACAUCAGAAAAUCCACACUGAUGAAAAACCUUACCAAUGUUAAAAAUGUGAAAAGGCCUUUAGUUGAAAAUGAAACUUUGUUUGGCAUGCUAAUGUUCAUAUUAGUAAAAAAUCCUUAUGGUUGUAAAGAAUGUGGAAAGGCCUUUAGUAAUAAGUCUAUGCUAGUUGUUGAUCAGAGAAUUCGUGCUGGUGAGAAACCGUAUGAAUGUAAGAAAUGUGGAGAAAUGUUUAGAUUGAGUUCAGCCAUCACUGCACAGUGAAGUCACCUGUUGUUGUAAAGAAUGUGGAAAGACUUCAGUUGGAGCUCAGGCCUUCAACAUAAAAGAUUCCAUGCUGAUGUGAAACCCUAUGAAUUCAAAGAAUGUGGGAUUAUUUAUAGAAUCAGCUCAGCUCUUAAAGCUCAUCAGAGAAUCCUUAUUGGUCUGAAACAUUAUGAGUUAAAGAGUGGGAAAGCCUUUAUUGGAAAUGGUGAGCUUAUACAACAUCAUCACAUCAGAAAAUGUAUUAUAAUCUUCAGGAGUCUUAUGCAUGUAAGGAAGGUGGACAGUCCUUUGUAUGGAAAUGUUACUAAACUCAUAAUUCCAAGACUAUGACUGAAAAGAAUGUGGAAAGAACUUUAAUUUGUUCUAGAAUUGGUCAACAUCAGAGUAUUCAUAUAUUCUUGAUGUCAAGGAUCUCUUUGCCAAUGAGAACGUGGGAAGUCUAUUGUUCAUAGGGGAUAUUCUGUUGAGAAUGUGUACAAAUGUCAGAAGUAAUAGGGUAGCCAUCAUGUUCUUGAUUUAGUCUCAUCUUGUUAAUUGUAUAAACAUAAUUUCUCAAACACUACUCACCAAGGACAGUGAGCAUAGGGAAAACAGUUAUUGGAACUGGGUUUAUCUGAGGCACCUUUUCACCAUUAAUGUUCCGUGACUCUUGUCACGUUAGACUGAUCAUUUAUUUUGAUUAUGUUUAUUUGUUUUGUUUUUUAGAGGCAGGGUUGCUCUGUGUAGUCCUGGCUGUCCUGGAACUUGCUCUGUAGACCAUGCUGGCCUUGAGCUCAAUGAUCUGCCUGCCUGUACCUCCCCAGUGCUGGGAUUAAAGGCGGUGCCACCACUACCACCUGACAUUUACUUUUUGUUUAUGUAUAAUUUGUUGAUUGUGAACACAGUACCAGCCAAAGUUGUGGGGAAAGGGGUUCUAAUAAAUAAUAAA